UAAAGAUGCAAAUGGUGAACAAGUAAUAUCAGAACCGCACCCGAGUGUCUGUAUGGAGGUAUUAAACUAUCUCAAGCAUCAACUGAAGACUGUGUAUGGUACAACAGUAGGAAUCGGUUACGAGUUACGCGUCUUGUGCAGCGAAUGCCAUUCAACGCACCCACCUCAUUUACAUACUCUUGAGAAAUGUUUAGAAAACGAUAGGGUUUCAUGUGGAAAGUUGAAAAUGAACACAUCUCGUUUUAAGGUCUUGUUUCAAGAAGAUAUUCAAGAUGCAUCCUUGUCUAAGGAUCUACCUCAUAUGCCCAUGUUCACAGAUUCCACACAUGAAGAGCGGAUGCCAGGGCUCAGAUGCUACAGUUUGUUUGAUUGA